AUGAAGAAAAGGCCUUUCUCAGUCAUCUGUGAUGCUCAUCUCCGCCACAAAUCAGGGGCAGGAGGUACUCUUUCAUUUCUUUCUCCAAGAAACUCCACCCUUAUUCAAAACCCACAAUCAGCUUCUAGUUCUGCUGUUUCUCAUGCCUAUAGUACUGGUAGUACAAUUAGUAAUCAUCACCCUAAAUCUGACAGUAGUGUUCUUUCCGGGUCUUGGGGAUUGAGGAGAAAUAUCGAUAGUAUCAGCAAUCUUGAUGAAGCUCUGGGCUUUUACAAGCAGAUGGCUCGGAUGAGACCUGUGCCUAGUGUUGUUCAUUUCACUCAAUUGCUGGGUCGUAUUGUUAAGAUGAAGCAAUAUUUGGUGGUUCUUUCUCUUUCCAGGGAUAUGGCUGAGUUGGGAUGCAUUCCGCUUGAUGAUUACACGCUAAGUAUUGUGAUUAAUUGUUACUGCUUCUUGGGUAGAGUGGAUUUUGGGUUUUCUAUAUUUGGUGGCUUCUUCAAGCGAGGUAUUUUGCCCAAUACGGCCACCUUUACCACUCUGCUCAAAGGACUCUUUCGGGAACACAAAAUUCAUGAGGCACAAGGAUUGUUCAAGAAAAUAAUAUAUGAAAAGCUUUGCAUACCUAAUGAAAUUACGUAUGGGACUGUGAUAGAUGGGCUUUCUAAGGCUGGGAACACUAGCAUGGCCAUUCAAGUCCUUAGAUUCAUGGAAAAAGGAGGAAGGUGCAGGCCUCAUACAGCUGCUUACAACACUAUUAUCGACGGGUUGUGCAAGGAUAAAAUGAUGGAUCAAGCUCUCUCCCUGUUACACGAGAUGAUUGAGAAAGGAAUUGCCCCUGAUGUCAUCACUUACAGUUGUUUGGUCCGGGGUCUGUGCAAUUUAAGUAAAUGGAAGGACGUUGAAAAGCUCUUGACUGAGAUGAAGGCUUAUAAUAUUGUUCCAAAUGUUAUUACUUUUAAUAUUCUUAUUGAUGCACUAUGUAAGGAAGGACAGUUAGAAGGUGCAGAGGAGGUACUGAAAUCAUGA